AUGGGCGGAUGUUCUUCUUGUAAAUCUUUCUUAGAUCUCUAGUCUGCCUAAGACGCUUGCUGUUAAGAAAAAACCUGUAAAGCUGUCGUUUAUACCUAAUAAGAUGGCAAAUGGGUAUACUAAAUUCGACUUGACGAUAAAUUUGAGUUCACUGAUUCUUAUAUACAAGGAGAAACAAUAUAUUUCCUUAAAAGAAGAGAAUUCUACAGCGAAAAAAUAAUAGUAGUGGAAGAAAACAAAGAAUUAAAGAACAAAAGUGCUUUCAUAACCUAUACUGGUAAGUAAUAUUUAGGUAUAGUCGGCUGGUACAAUAGUAAAGCUACAAAAUGUGAUUAUGACGAAAUAAGUAAUAUGAGACUUGAAGUAUGUGAUAAUUAAUGCCAUAGUUUUGGUACGUUAGAGGACGCUAUGAAAGAAUGUUGUUCCAUCCCUGAAUGUUAUGGAGUCACCUAAAUUUCUGAAAGUAACUUCUAAACCCGUUUUUCGAAAAAACUAUACAAAGAAGUCGGAUACUAGAGCUUUUUUAGGUCUUCUACUUAAGGUUUGAAGGAAAAAAAAACUACUACUACAAAAUAAAUUUAAGCCUGGGAUGAAGAAUUCGACUGGUAAAACGCUUAUAGAAAGCCUACUUAUGAAGAAUAGAUAAAAAUAGAUAAAAAAAACUAAUAAUAUAAAUGGAAUGGAGCUGAAGAAAAAAUAACUAAGAAAAAAACUUCGACAAUGAACUAUACUGGUAAAACAAUCAAAGGUGUAAAAGGCUGGUGGAGUGGAAAAUAACAAGAUUGUAAUUAUGGAGAAGUCUUAGAUGCUUCAUUGGGAAAAGAUUGCAGUGGAGAGUGUCAAGUAUUCUCUAAAUUCGAAGAUGCUUUAGCAAGUUGUUGUUCUUAACCAAAAUGUGUGGGUGUAACUUACUCUAAUAGUGGUACUACUAGUUGGGGAUUCUAAACUAGAUUUGUAUAUUCUGUAAGAGCCUCAAAAACAGGAGAAUAUUCCUAUUAUAGAGGAUGGACAACUUACCCAUUAGAAAUUACUAGUUAUUAAGCAAGUACUAAAACCGAAACUUUAGAAAGAAGUGUAGUACCUUCUGGAGUUUAAAAAAAAAUUACAGUUACAGUAGAAAAUGUUACAUAUACUUGUACUUAUUUAUAAUUUUUGGAAGCUUAGUAGGAAUAAAAACUUGAUUAAAAAUAAACUUUUGAAAAUUUAGAAUAUGCUUUAGAUUCAUGUUGUGGAUAGAAUGAAUGCUUAGGAGUUUAAUUGUCUAACGGAAUAUUAAGUCUAUAAGGAGGUAAAAACAUUGGAUUUGGACAAAAAAAUGAUAUAGUAUAUUUCUUGGCUAAUAGAGAUGAAGAAAUUGUAAAUAAAAUAAUUACAAGAGUAAGUAUGGCUUAGGAAAAACAUUUAUAAAAAUAAAAUUGA